AUCCGAACCAGCAAGAAUGGGAACACAUCUAGCUCUAGAGUUCGCAUCCCCCCCAGCAUCAAACCAUCGUGCAGUCGGCUCCUGUGCUCUCACAAUCUUCUCAAAGCAACAAAGCAAACAAGCAAUCACCAAAACAAGCAAUCCCUUCAGUUUUAUCAACUAAAACAAUCCACCAUGAACUGCCUUCGCCCUGCCAUCCAACGUGCCACCCUUUCCGCCAUGCGACGAGGAAAGUCCACCAUGGCCCCCUCUCAAGGAGUCCACAACCUUUCCCCUCAGAGCGCUGUCCCACCCCAUCUUCGCAAGAACAUGGACAAGGGUUUCAAGGAAAACUUUCUCAGUGAUCCAUCCACCUACCCCAUCAUUGUGAUUAUGGGCUGCGCCAUGACUUUCAUGACUGGCAUGGGAAUUCAUGCAUUGGCAUACUACAAGGAUGUGCGAAUUAACCCCUCAAAGAAGCACACAGAAUUGCAAACAUGGGGAAGUGAAAAGGUCACUCCCAUUGUGGCUGUGGUUGGUAAGAGGAACCCUUAUUAUGCCGUUGCAUUCCAUGAAGGACUUGGAGUGAACCACGAGGAAUGGUUGAAGCAGAAGGCUGAAGCUGAUCGUGCCCAACGUUGAGACUUGCACCCAAUGAAGGAACGAAAGAGUCAAGUCUCGAGUACUACGUACUGCGGCCACAAUUUACCUGAAUGUUCAGCACAACAGCCGACUGCAUGCAUAUGAUACAAGAAAGUUCAAAGAAAUAAUAACAAUCUAUAGGAAGAAUC